GCGCGGUAGUACGGUGGCCGUGAGGGCGAAGGUGACACACUCCCGCCCCCCCCGCCCGAGAGGGUGGCUCAGGAGGCAGCGGGAGGGGAUGGUGUGUAUCGCGGAGGCGGUGGCCGCUCCGGCUCCUCCACCGCCCCGCGCCUUUGCCGUGGAUCUGCCCAGGGCCCCCCGGCCCGCACAGAUAUGAGUGCUAUCCCUCGUUCUGUUCUUCCUUGUUGCCUUGCCAUCAACAGCAUCCCAGACUCCAGUGACAUGCUGUUUGAAUCCGUUUCGUUCCAGUGACAUAAAGAAAACACCUUGAACAGAGUAGCUGGGGAGCUGCACAAGAAGUUGAAUGGAACAGUGCCAGCAAUAACAUCCUUAACACGUUAGUUAAAAAGAAAACAUGGUGAUGCUGACAGCCCAGAUAACAACUUUCUCAUGAAAGGCAUCUAUUAGCAAGCUAAAAGUGACUGAACCAUGGCUCAGUUUCCAACACCUUUUGGGGGCAACCUGGAUAUCUGGGCCAUAACUGUGGAAGAGAGAGCUAAACAUGAUCAGCAGUUCCAUAGUCUGAAACCAACAUCUGGAUUUAUCACUGGUGAUCAAGCUAGAAACUUUUUUUUCCAAUCUGGAUUACCUCAACCAGUGUUAGCACAAAUAUGGGCACUGGCUGACAUGAACAACGAUGGGAGGAUGGAUCAGAUGGAGUUUUCUAUUGCUAUGAAACUUAUCAAACUAAAACUACAAGGUUAUCAACUCCCCUCUGCACUCCCUUCUGCCAUGAAGCAGCCUCCCAUUGCUAUUUCUGGUGCACCAGGGUUUGGUAUUGGGGGCAUUGUCAGCAUGCCAUCUCUUACAGCUGUAGCCCCGGUACCAAUGGCGUCCAUUCCAGUAGUAGGAAUGUCUCCACCUUUAGUAUCUUCUGUUCCUACAGCAGCAGUGCCUCCCCUGGCUAAUGGAGCUCCUGCUGUUAUACAACCUCUGCCUGCUUUUGCUCAUCCUGCCACAUUGCCAAAGAGUUCUUCCUUUAGUAGAUCUGGACCUGGGUCACAGUUAAACGCUAAACUGCAAAAGGCACAAUCAUUUGAUGUGGCUAGUGUGCCUCCUGUAGCAGAAUGGGCUGUUCCUCAGUCAUCAAGACUAAAAUAUAGGCAGCUGUUCAAUAGCCAUGACAAAAUGAUGAGUGGACACUUAACAGGUCCACAAGCAAGAACUAUCCUUAUGCAAUCAAGUUUACCACAGGCUCAGUUGGCUACAAUAUGGAAUCUUUCGGAUAUUGACCAAGAUGGAAAACUUACAGCAGAAGAGUUUAUUCUGGCUAUGCACUUAAUUGAUGUGGCCAUGUCUGGCCAACCAUUGCCACCUGUACUGCCUCCAGAAUAUAUUCCACCUUCAUUUAGAAGAGUACGCUCUGGCAGUGGCAUCUCUGUGAUAAGCUCAGUAUCUGUAGACCAGAGGUUGCCAGAAGAACCAGUGCUGGAAGAAGAACAGCAACAAUUGGAAAAGAAAUUGCCAGUUACAUUUGAAGAUAAAAAACGUGAGAACUUUGAACGUGGCAAUCUGGAGCUUGAAAAGCGGAGGCAGGCCCUUCUGGAGCAGCAACGCAAAGAGCAAGAGCGGCUAGCACAACUGGAACGGGCAGAGCAGGAAAGGAAAGAACGCGAACGACAGGAGCAAGAACGUAAAAGACAACUGGAGCUAGAAAAGCAAUUAGAAAAACAACGCGAAUUGGAACGUCAGCGAGAAGAAGAAAGGCGGAAAGAAAUAGAAAGGCGUGAGGCUGCAAAAAGGGAACUUGAAAGGCAAAGACAACUUGAGUGGGAGCGUAAUCGUCGGCAAGAACUACUAAAUCAAAGAAACAAAGAACAAGAGGACAUAGUUGUGCUGAAGGCAAAGAAGAAGACUUUAGAAUUUGAGUUGGAAGCUCUAAAUGAUAAAAAACAUCAGCUGGAGGGAAAACUUCAGGAUAUCAGGUGUCGAUUGUCUAUCCAAAGACAUGAAAUUGAGAGCACAAACAAAUCUAGAGAACUGAGAAUUGCAGAAAUUACACACUUGCAACAGCAGUUACAGGAGUCUCAGCAGAUGCUUGGAAGGUUGAUUCCAGAAAAACAGUUACUCAAUGACCAACUGAAACAAGUUCAGCAGAACAGUUUGCACAGAGAUUCUCUUCUUACUAUCAAAAGAGCCUUAGAAGCCAAGGAACUAGUACGCCAGCAGCUUCGAGACCAACUAGAUGAAGUAGAAAAAGAAACCAGAUCAAAACUUCAGGAGAUUGAUAUUUUCAAUAAUCAACUGAAGGAGCUGAGAGAGAUACAUAACAAGCAGCAGCUUCAGAAGCAAAAGAACUUAGAAGUUGAGAGGUUGAAACAGAAGGAGCAAGAGAGGAAGACGGUAGAACUGGAAAAGCAAAAAGAAACCCAAAGACGAAUCCAGGAAAGGGAUAAACAGUGGCUUGAUCGAGUGCAACAGGAGGAAGAGCACCAGCGGCAAAAAAAACUUCAGGAAGAUGAAAAGCCAAAAAGGGAAGAAAUAAUCAAGAAGACAGACAGUGAGGAUAAGGGCAAACAGGAAAUGCAAGAUAAACUGAAUAAGCUUUUCCAUCAACAUCAAGAGCCAGCCAAGCCAGCCAUCCAGGCGCCCUGGUCAAGUGCAGAGAAAGCUCCACUAACUAUUUCUGCUCAGGAGGAUGUAAAAAUAGUAUAUUAUCGAGCAUUGUAUCCUUUUGAAGCCAGAAGCCAUGAUGAAAUCACUAUUCAGCCAGGUGACAUAGUCAUGGUGGAUGAAAGCCAGACUGGAGAACCUGGGUGGCUUGGAGGAGAACUGAAGGGAAAGACUGGAUGGUUCCCUGCAAACUAUGCAGAGAAAAUACCUGACAACGAAGUUCCAACCUCUGUGAAACCAGUAGUUGACACUACUGUUGCACCUAAGGUUUCUUUGCGUGAAACACCCCCAACUCCAGCAGCUCCAGCUCCAACAGAAUCUACUGCAGCCACCAACAACUGGGCCGACUUCAGUUCAACGUGGCCAACCAGCACCAGUGAGAAACCAGAGACUGAUAAUUGGGAUGCGUGGGCAGCUCAACCUUCUCUGACUGUUCCAAGUGCAGGGCAGGUGAGGCAGAGAUCAGCCUUCACCCCAGCCACUGUUACCGGAUCAUCACCUUCUCCUGUCCUGGGGCAGGGUGAAAAAGUAGAGGGCCUUCAAGCACAGGCCUUGUAUCCUUGGAGAGCCAAAAAAGACAACCACCUCAAUUUUAACAAAAAUGAUAUCAUCACAGUUCUGGAACAGCAAGACAUGUGGUGGUUUGGAGAGGUCCAAGGUCAAAAGGGAUGGUUUCCCAAAUCAUAUGUGAAACUCAUUUCAGGCCCCAUAAGAAAGUCGACAAGCAUGGAUUCUGGUUCUUCAGAAAGUCCUGCUAGUCUAAAGAGAGUAACAUCACCAGCAACUAAACCUGCUAUGUCAGGCGAAGAAUAUAUUGCCAUGUACACGUAUGAGAGUUCAGAACAAGGAGACUUAAUCUUUCAACAAGGAGAUAUGAUUCUUGUGACAAAAAAAGACGGUGACUGGUGGACAGGAACAUUGGGUGACAAAUCUGGAGUCUUUCCUUCUAAUUAUGUGAGACUGAAAGAUUCUGAGGUCCCUGGAACUGCUGGAAAAACGGGAAGUUUAGGGAAGAAACCUGAAAUUGCCCAAGUUAUUGCCUCUUACACAGCAACAGGACCUGAACAACUUACCCUGGCUCCUGGUCAACUGAUACUCAUCAGAAAGAAGAAUCCAGGUGGAUGGUGGGAGGGAGAGCUCCAAGCACGAGGGAAAAAACGACAGAUAGGAUGGUUCCCUGCUAACUAUGUAAAACUUUUAAGUCCUGGUACCAGUAAAACUACACCAACCGAGCCACCUAAAUCAACAGUAUUACCUUCUGUGUGCCAAGUAAUUGGCAUGUAUGACUACACUGCACAGAAUGACGAUGAACUGGCAUUCAAUAAAGGCCAGAUCAUAAACGUCCUGAACAAGGAUGACCCAGACUGGUGGAAAGGAGAAGUGAAUGGACAAGUGGGUCUCUUCCCAUCCAACUAUGUGAAACUGACGACAGAUAUGGACCCAAGCCAGCAAUGGUGUGCUGACUUACACCUCCUGGACAUGUUGACGCCUACUGAAAGGAAAAGGCAGGGAUACAUCCACGAACUGAUCGUAACAGAAGAGAACUAUGUAAAUGACCUGCAGUUAGUCACAGAGAUCUUCCAGAAACCACUGAUGGAGUCUGAGCUGCUAACAGAAAAAGAGGUCGCUAUGAUUUUUGUUAAUUGGAAGGAGCUGAUUAUGUGCAAUAUCAAACUACUGAAAGCACUGCGUGUUCGUAAAAAGAUGUCUGGGGAGAGGAUGCCAGUGAAAAUGAUUGGCGACAUACUGACCGCACAGCUACCACACAUGCAACCUUACAUCCGGUUCUGUAGCUGCCAGCUCAAUGGGGCAGCAUUAAUCCAGCAGAAAACAGAUGAAGUCCCAGAGUUCAAGGAGUUUGUUAAAAGGUUAGCAAUGGAUCCUCGCUGUAAAGGAAUGCCACUGUCAAGUUUUCUGCUAAAGCCUAUGCAAAGGGUAACGAGAUACCCGCUAAUAAUUAAAAAUAUAAUAGAAAACACUCCUGAAAAUCACCCUGAUCACAGUCACUUGAAGCAUGCUCUGGAGAAAGCGGAAGAAUUGUGUUCCCAAGUAAAUGAAGGGGUGCGUGAGAAGGAAAAUUCAGACAGGCUGGAAUGGAUACAGGCUCACGUUCAAUGUGAAGGCCUGUCUGAGCAACUGGUCUUUAAUUCUGUUACAAACUGCUUGGGACCACGCAAGUUUCUGCACAGUGGGAAACUCUACAAAGCCAAGAGCAACAAGGAACUGUAUGGUUUUCUGUUCAAUGAUUUCCUCCUGCUGACUCAGAUCAUAAAGCCUCUUGGUUCCUCUGGUACAGACAAGGUCUUCAGCCCCAAGUCUAAUCUGCAGUAUAAAAUGUAUAAAACCCCCAUUUUUCUAAAUGAGGUACUAGUAAAAUUACCCACAGACCCUUCUGGAGAUGAGCCCAUCUUCCAUAUCUCCCACAUUGAUAGAGUCUACACGCUUCGUGCAGAAAGCAUAAAUGAAAGGACUGCCUGGGUUCAGAAAAUUAAAGCUGCUUCUGAACUUUACAUAGAGACUGAGAAGAAGAAGAGGGAAAAGGCCUACUUAGUUCGCUCCCAAAGGGCAACAGGCAUUGGAAGGCUGAUGGUGAACAUUGUGGAAGGCAUUGAACUAAAACCCUGCAGGUCACAUGGAAAGAGUAACCCAUACUGUGAGGUGACAAUGGGCUCUCAGUGUCACAUCACCAAGACUAUGCAGGACACUCUCAACCCUAAAUGGAACUCUAACUGCCAAUUCUUUAUCAAAGAUCUGGAGCAGGAUGUACUCUGCAUAACCGUGUUUGAGAGGGAUCAGUUCUCCCCAGACGACUUUUUGGGCCGAACUGAAAUCCGCGUGGCGGACAUUAAGAAAGAUCAGGGCUCAAAGGGACCAGUUACAAAGUGUCUACUCCUGCACGAAGUCCCAACAGGAGAGAUCGUAGUCCGACUAGAUCUGCAAUUGUUCGAUGAACCUUAGAGGAAAAUACCAAUGUUUCACGUUAAUCUGAGUUCACUGCAAUAGGUGUCUGCAGAAGCUGUCUAGAAAUCCUUAUUCCUUUUAUAUGAAACUACUGCUUGUUCUUCAUGUGCAAGGGGGUUAUCAAAGCAAACAGGAAAAUCUAUGUGCCUUGAUAAUCCUUGCUGAAAAUUGAAUCCCAGUUUUGGGAGCAGAUCUGUCUCUGUUUGGAACUUCAUUAUAGUUUUCAGGGUUUCUGAAGUAACAUAGUUGUAACUUGUGCUCCAAGCUGAAAGGUGAACAAACCAUGUAGGUUGUUGCACUUACUCCAGUUACUGUAAUGUUUAAUUUAAAUGAAGAGGGCACUGAUUGUAUGUUUGAAGGCUUUCUGUAAACUUCCCCAUAGGAAUUGUGUGCCUAUUGCCCCACAAAGUGGUGUAUAAACAUGACAUGAAUGAACACUUCCCAGGUAAGAAGAUCUCUGAUUUUCUUUAGGAUUGUUAUGGUUGUAUUUGAAAUGUUGUUGUUUUUAAAUAUAUAAAUAUAUAUAUAUUAAACACAGAAGGUACCAUUAUUGCACUCUCAAAAUAAGGUUUAAAAGAAACAUAAACAGCGCACAUGCCUAGUGCUAGCGCUCUCCACAGCAGUGAAUUUCACCCUAACAGAGUACCAUCAUUUCCUGGAGAUUUGUAAAUGUUUAAACAAUAUGUGAAGGAGAUAGAAUGUUGUACUGUACCACUUCUUUACUACUGCUGCUUAAUUGUAUGAAAGCUGAUGGAUGAUCAAGUCACCAGCUGUGACAAGAAAUCACUGCUCUAGCUCAGGAAGCUAAUUUUUACCCUGUAGAGUCUAGUUUGCAAAGCAAUCAAUGGUGACUGGUUAUUAAAUUGUACUGUGCCUAAACAUAUUUGACAUCUUGGUUUUGAAAUCAGGACAGUAGCAUACUGUAGCUCACAAAAGGCGUUCAUUGCAAACCAGGUUCAUUCCGAGUUUGUUGGCUACAUUAGAUGUGACCAAAAAAAAAAAAAAAUCUUUGUUUGUGAUUGUGCAGAGUGAGUAACCCCAAAGUAAAAGGGGUCUUGUUGUCAUCUUGGGGGCAGGGCAGAGAUUGACACACGUAACUCCCCACACAUAUGUAGGCCCCGAUUCAGCAAACCUUCCCUGUUCAGCAAAGAACCUAACUUUACAUAUGUGCUUAAGUCCCAUGUACUUUAAGGAUAUGCUCAGUUGCUUUUCUGAGUUGGGACCUCCAAGGACAAUAGAUCCCCAUAAGAGAGUAAAGUCCAUCACUGUUCUGCUUAGAGUCCUUUUGUUCAUUACCUAGGUAUCAUGCAUAAACUGGUAUUUUUGUAAUGACUUUAUUUCAGAAUGAGGUGUCAACCCUUUCAUUGGCAUGUUAAUGUUCUUGUGGAGCUUGUUGGUAGGUUUUGAUGUUCUUUGCAUGUUGUUUUGGUACUAGUUCCGACCUUUCCUGUAUAGACAGUGUUCUCUGGAGAGCACUAAAAGUCGUCAUGAUUUCCAUUAGGAAAUUAGGAUAUCUUCAUAAUGGAUAGCUAGAUGCAGUAUGGUAGUAAGCGUAAACUGUGCUGGGAAAUGUCUGUGUGUUAUAAUUUCCUUCAAGACCACUGUAAUGUUUCAAGAAAUUGAAAAACAAAACCCUGUAUGUUGGAAGGACAACGAAGUUUACAUUUCAUACUUUAAAAAAUCUCUUUAUUAUUUAUUUAUUGACGAUAGUGUAGAAUUUUGUAUCAAAAAUGACAGACAUUCGUAUGUAUUUUUUGAACAAAACAGAGAUACACACUUUAGUUAGAAACUGUCAACUGACCAAGUUUUAGAGGAAGUUUAAUUUCAAGGCAUGUGUUUGUUUACCACUAACUGGCUGAAAACACAAUUAAAAGAACUUUAAGUUUCUAUUUUUCAAUGUUGUUAAGAAAAAUGUUUCAAUUAAAAUCUGUAAAUAGAACUAAACCCGUGGCUUCCUAUUUCCAUAUCAGUACAUUUUAUUAAAUAUAAUGUAUAUGAAAAUACACAUUGUUGUGGUAGGAAAAAAAGUGGAGUAACAUUAAAUGUCAUUGUUCUAACCUU